UUCCACCUUUGUUUGUUUGUUUGGAGCUCGGAUGCAAGAGCUCUAGUCAGCUAGGUGACAUGACCUGCAGUCAUAUCACAUACUUAAUUGGCGAUAUUGUUUCUCUCUUACCCACUUUGCUCCUUUCGAUACCCCCAGCUCAGAUCUCAAUUAACUACGCGUAUUCUACAACUCCUAAGGCUGUUCUAAAUUCUUUUAUCAGUAAUCACUGCCAAAAUUUCAAAUGAACCAAAAGAAGCCUCCCAUCGAUCCAGAAAGUGGUUUCAACUCAGAAACAAACACUUUCCACAGCCUCAGACCUCCAAUCCCUCUUCCACCACAACACCUUCCCAUUUCAGUUUCUGAAUACGCUUUCUCGCUCCGAGUUAACUCGCCAUGGCUUGAUUCACUCGCUCUCAUCAACUCCCCCACUGGUCAACGCGUCUCCUACUCCGAGUUCACUCGCAAAACCAAAACUCUAGCCUCCUACCUUCACUCCGUCCUCGGACUCUCCAAAGGCCACACCGCUUUCGUUCUCUCCCAAAACCUCGUCCAGGUUCCGAUCCUCUACUUCUCGCUCUUAUCUCUUGGGAUAGUCAUCUCUCCGGCUAACCCACUCAGCACCGAGUCUGAGAUUUCUAGCCUAAUCCAACUAUGCAACCCAGUAAUCGCGUUUGCCACUUCAUCAACCGCUCACAAACUUUCAAACAUUUCUCUCCGUUUCAAAACCAUUGUCCUCGACUCGCCCGAGUUUGACUCAAUGAUGACGAGUCCGGUACGAAUGAUCGAGCCCGUCGAAGUGAGCCAGUCCGAUUUGGCGGCGAUAUUGUACUCGUCGGGGACUACCGGAAGAGUCAAAGGAGUGAUGCUGACUCACCGGAACCUGAUAGCGAGUGUCGCCGGUCCCUACGCAUGCCGGACUGAGAGGGAAUCGCCUGCGGUGUUCCUCUAUACGAUGCCGUACUUUCACGUGUUCGGGUUUUUCUACAGCUUGAAGUCGGUGGCUUUGAGCGAGGUGGUGGUGCUAAUGGAGAGGUUUGAUCUGACGAAGAUGUUGAAGGCGGUGGAGGAGUUUAGAGUGACCCACUUGGCGAUGGCCCCACCGGUGGUGUUGGCCAUGGCCAAGACUGAUGUAACGAAAGGCUACGACUUGAGCUCGUUGGAAGGAGUUGCGUGCGGUGCGGCUCCGAUUGCAAAGGAUGUUAUCUCCGAUUUCUUGGCCAAGUUUCCAAGAGUUGUCUUUGUACAGGGUUAUGGGCUAACUGAAUCAACGGGGCCAGUGUGCCGAACGGUGGGUCAAGAGGAGACUUUUCACUGGGGAGCAACAGGAAAACUCUCAGGUGGUUUUGAAGCUAAAAUUAUAAACCCGGACACAGGUGAUGCUUUGCCACCGGGCAAGCAAGGGGAGCUCUGGAUUAGAGGACCCUCUAUUAUGAAAGGUUAUAUUGGUGAUCCGGAAGCAACUUCUGCAACUUCAGUAGCAGGUGGUUGGUUGAGAACAGGUGAUCUUUGUUAUAUUGAUGAGGAAGGUUUCCUAUUUGUUGUAGAUAGGUUUAAAGAAUUGAUCAAAUACAAGGGAUAUCAGGUAGCCCCUGCAGAGCUGGAACAUUUGCUUCAGUCUCACCCGGAGAUAGUUGAUGCUGCUGUUAUACCAUACCCUGAUGAAGAAGCUGGUCAAGUGCCAAUAGCUUUUGUGGUAAGACAACCUCGAUGCUCCCUCAGCGAAGAAGAAAUAAUUGAUUUUGUCGCCAAACAGGUUGCGCCAUAUAAGAAAAUAAGACGUGUAACGUUUGUGAAUUCCUUACCCAAGAGUGCAGCUGGAAAAUUAUUGAGAAAGGAUUUGAGGAAGAUUGUUUCUGAUAACUCUUCUUCUCGGUUAUGAUUUCUUGUUGGGGCAAUGUACAAUAAAUAACAAGAAACUCACCCAUCAUAUCAAAUGAUCAUUACUCAAUUUAGAUUGUUGGAAUUCAAAGUUUUAUGAGAAAUUAUAGCAUAGUACUAA